AUCUAUUUGAAGGUCACUUGAAGGGUCGGAACAAAAAGGCGGUAGUUGAGGCGUAUGAGAAGAUUUCUGAAGUUAAAAAACCAAUAUUUGUAUUUGACUGGCUGUGUUCACUGGAAAAACGAUUAGUGGCAGAAAAUAGACAGGCUAUCAAGGAAUGCCAAGAAGAUCUUGUGCAACAACUGUUGUCUCACCUGACGCAUGCUCCUGGACGUCCAACACACAAGCUUUUGGGCCGUUGUUUCGCUAACCUAUUUUUAGUGGGAGACUCGCUUUUGCUUUAUACAGCAGUGAACACAUGUAACGCGCUUCUAAAAUCCCGAGAUGAUGGACUUGCUUGCAUCAAUAGUCGUCUAGCUGCAUUAAGCUGCCUCGGAGCCAUAUACAAACGCCUUGGACGUAUGAUAGGUCGGUCUUUUGAAGACAGCGUUAUCAUAAUGGUGAAGUUGAUCAAGCAGUCUGAGUCACUUGUUCGAUGUGAAAUUAUGAACACAUUGUGCAGUUUGGUUGAAGGUGUUGGUUCAGCCAGUAUUGUGUGUCACAAAGAAAUAUAUAAAGCAGUGAAAAUCUGCAUGACGGAUCGAGUACUCUAUGUGCGUGUUGCUGCAGUGAAAUGUCUUUACUUCCUGGUUGACCAUUCUCAUUCAAUUCAUACCAACGCAUUAGAAGCUACUGUAAGUUUGUGUUUGCGAUGUAUGGAUGGAUCCAAUUAUACAACUCGACUUGAGACCGCACGUACUUUGGGUCAUUUGUUAGCAAAAACUCAGCGUAAAAGGGUUGCAGAUACAGGAUCUGAUGCAUCCAGCAGUGGAACAGUUGGGACGUCUAAUAAUUCGCGGAGUAAACCUAUCCCACUUACAGAUGCAUUGUCAUUAUUGUCGUCAGGAUUUUUGAAAGGUCCAGGUGGGUUUUUAAAAGGUACCAGUGCUACUGAUAUGAUUAAAGGAACUAGUCCAGUUAAUCGAGAAGUUCGUGUUGGUGUAACGUAUGCUUACAUCGAAUUUAUUGUUGAAAUGGGGCCGUUAUGGUUUGAAACUAAUCUGUCAACUAUACUGACACAUUUAGUGAAUCUUUUAUUAGUUCCACGUGCUACACCAACACAUGUCGAGGCUAUAUAUGCACGUCAAUGUAUACAAUAUCUAUUGGGUACUGUAUUUCGACACUUAUUGUCUGAAUCAAUUCAAUUAGUUGCGAUUAGUGAAUUGAUAAAGAUAUUAGUAUAUCAUUUACAAUAUUUACAAAAUCUUCAUGUGAAUGAAUAUUCAGUGAACGACGGUGAUGUGUUUCAACAGAUAUUUUCUUCAUCCUCUUCUUCCGUAACACCUACUCUUAAUAAUAAUGGUAAUACAAACGAACCAUCAGAUUCGUUACCGAAUGAUAUUUUCAAUGAGACUGGUAUCAACGUAACACAUGGGGAUAAUCAGGCAACUAGUAAUGUACAUAAUUUGGAUAGUGUUGUGGAACCGGAUAGUGGAAAAGUGAAACGUGGAAUUGGGCGUCAAGUAGCAACAGCGACAAUAACGACAACAGCUACUACGGGUGGUAGCAGUUCCCGUUCGAAUCGCGAACAACAACAUCAGCACUUAGUUAUUUGUGUGUUAGAUAUAAUUAGUCAAUUAAUUCGUUGGUUAGAUUCACUAGUUGUUCAACUUUUGGAUCAACCCACUCAACUAACUGAUGUACUAUGCACAUGUUUAUCACAUCCAGUACAGGCGGUUCGUUUGGCAGCUGCAUCGUGUUUAAGGCAGUUAGUAAUUGUUGUACCAAGCCAACGCAUCCCUUUAUUAAAUAAAUGUUUACAUUGUUUGCAACAAUCUCAUAGAUAUAGUGCUGAAACACUUUUAGGAGUUACUUUUGGCAUAACUGGACUUCUAGCUGGAGUUAAUUAUUCUAUUCUUGGUUUGCCGAAUAAUGUACCAGAUCAAUUGUUUAGUUUAGCUGAAGAGCUUCUACGUGCGGCCAAUCAAAAUAGCCGAUUCGCAUUGGCUCGUACUCAAAGUGGUUGGAGUUUAUUAGCUGCUUGUAUAACUCUUGGACCAAAUGUUGUCAAGCCUCAUUUACCUAGAAUGUUGUUAUUUUGGCGUAAUGCAUUUCCGCGCAGUUUACGUGAGCUGGAAGCGGAGAAACAGCGCGGUGACGCUUUUACUUGGCAGAUUAUGCUGGAAUCCAGAUCGGGUGCAUUAUGCUCUAUACAAAGCUUUUUAGAAUAUUGUUCACCACAAUUACUUACCGAAGAUAUAAUUCAUCGGCUUUUACCGCUUAUUGAAUGUGCAUUAAAUAUGCUUGGACAAAUGAAUGAUAUUGUUCGAAUUUAUGGAAAUCACUUAAAAAUAAUCGCUGGUUUUAUUCGAUUACGACUUUAUCGAAUUUUACUUUUACUACCAUCUACAGCAUACACUACAUUUAUACAUCAUUUGUGGCAAACAAGCCUUAGUCAACAAGGUUCUUAUAGUACAGUUUUACGUGAAUUAGUAGCUGAAUUCACGUUAACUGAUAAUGUAGCAAAUGUAACAACAUCUUUAUUGAAGUCUUUAAGUUGUUCUGAAGACAGUAUCACCCUUGGAUCAUGCUUGCAGGAUACAGAUCAAAGAUUAUUAGAGGAACAAUUACAAUCAACCAUAUUAAACAAUUCACCUAGGGCAUUAGAACAUGAUCCUUCUUACCUAUAUCUACAUGAUGGUGUUAAUAAUUUACUGGCUACUGAUGUUACCUUGACAAAUAUAUCGAAUACUGAAGAUGAGAAUGAUGAAAAUCUAUCAUUGACAGCUGGAACACUGUUUCAUGGUCCAUCACAUAUUUUAUUAAAUAAUAAUAGUACUUUUACCACUUCUAAAUUCUACAGUAUUAAUUCUACCUCAAAUACUAAUACUAAUAAUUUGUCGUGUGGACAUAAUCUUGGAAAUUUUACUAAUUCCACACUUUCAUGUGCACUACAAUUAACUGGACCUAUACCUGUUAGUGUUACUGUAAUAGAUGCAUCAAUUGAAUUGUUUGGUCGUUUAUUUGCUUGUGUUUCUAUUCGUCAUCGUACACAAAUGUUAGAACAUUUUACUGAAUGUAUUCGUCUUACAAAAUCAAUACGUCAAGAAGCUGUACAAAUUAAUGUUUUCGCUGCUUUAUUAAGUGCGUUAAGACAUUUAGCUGAAACAAAAUCUACAUUCGGUGAUGAUCCAGCGUUAAGAAAAGCUGCUACGAACUUAAUUUUUGCUACUUUGACCAGUCCAAGUGUUCUACUACGUUGUGUGGCUGGUGAAUGUCUUGGAAGACUUGCACAAGUUGUUGGCGAAUCUGGAUUUUUAGCAGAAUUAGCUCAACAAAUUUUUGAACGUUUGCGUGCUAUUCGCAAUCCGAUUGCAAGAGCUGGUCAUUGUUUAGCUAUUGGUUGUUUACACAGUUAUGUCGGUGGUUUGGCGUCUGGACAACAUCUAAGUUCAAGUGUCGGUGUACUAUUAGCUAUUGCACAAGAUUCCAGUGUGCCCGAAGUACAAGUUUGGGCAUUACAUGCUCUUGCACUAGUUGCAGAAUCAGGUGGUCCGAUAUUUAGAGAAUAUAUUGAACCAAGUUUAAACUUGGUACUUCAGCUAUUAUUGAAAUCACCAAGCGCUAUGCAUGAAAUUCAAAGAAGUCUUGGUCGUUUAUUUGCUGCUUUAAUUACUACUUUGGGACCUGAAUUACGUGGUACAAGCGCUGGUAUAACGUCUGUUCGACAUUCAUGUUUAUUAUGUUGUAUGAUUAUGCGUGAUUCACCGGAUGCUCUACUACAAGCUGAAGGUAUAGCCUGUCUACAACAAUUACAUAUGUUUGCUCCAAUGCAUGUUAAGUUAGCUGGCCUGGUUCCUGAAUUACAAACCAGUGUGUCCAGUUUCCAUUUGGUCUUAAGACGUGCAGCAUUAUCAUGUUUACGACAAUUAAGUCAAAAAGAAGCUAAGGAUUUGUAUGGUUGUAUGACACUAGGAGGUUUGUUAGAAGAGAAACCUUCUCCUGUUCUCUCUUCAUUUUCUGCUAUCUCCAGUAAAAAUGAUAUAAAUAGUUUUUCGAAAUCAACAACUAGUGAGAAAUUAGAAAAAAAGUUAUUUAGUUUACUUGAUGUUGAAAUGGACUAUCAACUACGCCGAGACAUUGAAGAUACACUUAUUGGAAUGUUGGAAGCAACUGGUACCUCACAACUUUCGUAUUGGUUUACAUUAUUGAAAGAAGUAUUAUUGGUUUCCACCUCACUGAAAACUGAUUUGACCAGUGACAGUAAUAUUGUUAUCAGAAAUUCUAUACAAAAAUCAUCCAGUACGAACGAAUCAAACUCUAUUGGGGGAGAUAAACUAUCUUCCAUUAAUAACGAUGAUGUAGAUAUAAUGACUGUGUCUGAACGAAAUAGUCGUGUAGACGAAGAAAACAUUAGUGGUUCUAUUCAACCAGAAGAUAAUGAAUAUGAGGAUGUUGACAUUAAUUUUAAACCAAAACAAUCUAAUCAAGAAAUUAAUCAGUUAUUCACUGUCAAAAUUAGGGCCAGAUGCUCAACACGAAUUUUUGCAAUCAGUUGUUUGCGUAUCCUGAUAUCUAACUGUGCCAGAUUGUGCAAUACAACAUUUGUAAAUGAUUCUCUUCCGUAUAUGAAAACAUCUGUAAAUGAUGAUGAUACUACUGAUGAUUCGUUAAUAAAUUCAAAGUCACUCGCUCAUUUUGAUUUGGCUAAAGCUAGAAUCCUACGUUCUCAAUCGGGAAAAUCCGAUUGGCUUAUUCUGUACCUGUCUGAUUUAAUUCGUGUAGCUUUCAUGUCAGCCACAUCGGAUAGUGAACGACUUCGUAUCACAGGUUUAAAACUUAUGCAAGAUGUUAUUCAAAGAUUUUCCCUAGUACCAGAUCCAGACUAUCCAGAUCAUGUUAUUUUGGAACAGUAUCAAGCUCAAGUUUCAGCUGCACUACGACCAGCGUUUAUGAAUAGUUCAUUGUUAAAUUCAUUCGACAAUAUAACAGUUGCACAAUCUUCAACUACCAAUAAUUCCGUAUUAUCUGGUCCAGUUCAACCUAAUCCAGAACUGCUAUCUAUAGCAUGUCAAGUGUGCAGUACAUGGCUUACUUCUGGCGUUGGUCGUGAUCCAGAAGAUUUACGUCGUGUACAAGACCUUCUAAGACAAGCAUUUGAUAAAUUAAAACUUAACAUAUGCACUGAAGAUCACUCAUCUAAUGUGUCUGCACAAACUCAACGAGUAGAACCAUCCCAAUCGAUAUCGGAAAAUUCUGCAAUAGUUGAGAAACUAUCUGUUUUAGCUGCUUGGGCUAAAGUUUACAUUUUGACAGCUGGGCAUAGUAAGAAAUGGGAAAAUAAAUUACACCAAAAACAACAACACCUGAUCACUAGUCAAUCGUCUCAGGUCUUAGAUGAUGAACAAUUGAUGGAUGAUGAAUCAGAUGAUAUGAUGAAUGAUGAAAGUGAAAAUGACAAUGAUUCCGACUACAAUAUGAUCAUUAAAGGAAUAUCAAUAGAAGAUAUCACAUUAUUCGUUUGUAAACCUGCUCCUUACCUUCAGUCGAGUAGUUGUUCUGCCGCAUCAAGUAAAUUUAUCUACCAUUUAUUAUCGAAAUGGAUUCAACCGAUUCUCCCAAAUUUAAGUAAUGCUUGGUUAGAUGCACUAAAAAAUUAUGCAUAUAUGUGUCUACCAGAUAAUUUGUCAACUCAACACUCAUCUAUCUUACUAUUCAAUGUCAACAAUAAUUCUAUUAAUCAUAAUCUUGAUCUAAUACGUGGAUAUUAUGCACGUUAUUGGCCUUGUAUGACAUAUGCAUUAGCUUUAUGGUUAACUAAUAAUGAAUUAUGUGUCGAAGAGAUUGAUACAAAUUUAUCAAAGAAUGAAAUGUCCAAAUCAGCUCGACAAUUCUUUUUAAUUCUAGGUAUGUGUGCAGAAGCUAUGUGUAAUCCAACGUCCAAACAACCAAUAUCCAUUAUUCAUACAUGUUUGCGUUGUAUUCUAUGCCUAUUGAGUAAGCCGAAAUUUCGUGCUUAUCUGAUGCAAUCAUCAACAGAAAUAUCUAUUGAACUAUUACAAAUAUUACAUCGACUUAUACUUACUCGUGAUUGUGUAGAAACACAUUUAUUAUGCUUAGCCAAUGUGAUUCAUAUCAUGAUUGCUAGUAAUGAACGUUUAAUUAAAGAACGUGAUAAUUGGUUAACUAAAGAAUCAACACAGAAUGCAUCUAGUAUGUUUAUUUCACCAGAAUCACAAAAUCCGAAAAAUAAUUGUAUGACAUCAAGUACAAUGUUACAAACUACUGGUCUAAUUGACACUCAAUUAUAUGAACAUGGUGAUGGAGGCUAUUUGUCAAAAUUUUUUGAUCGUAUCACUAAUAAUUCUAAUAUGGACUAUGAUGAAUUUAAUAAAACAUCGAUUAGCUGUCAAAUGAAUAAUGGUAUAUAUGGAGAGAAAACAUUUGCUGGUUUACAUCCUGAAAGAUCAAUUGUAUUUACAUGCUUAGAAAUUGUUGUCUGUAUAGUGGCACGCUAUCAAUCACAAAUUGUCAAACAAUUUCCUCUUUCCAAUACUAAAGAUGAUGUUGAAUGUAAAAAUCAUAUUAUUCCAGAGACAACAUGCGCCUCCGAUGUAAAUGCUCCACUUGUUCUAGCAACAGCUUUGAAAUGUUUAAUCCCAUUAAUUGAUCUAUGCGCUCCAAGAACUCUUUUAAGCACAUUAAGACUUGCUAAACAGAAUCAAAAUUUUCAAUCAAAUGAUUGUGUGAAUAGUAAUAUUAAUGUUGAAAGUGAGAUUAAUCAUCCAAAUACAUCUCAAGCAUCAAUACAUCAACAAGAAUGCUUAUUGCCAAUUCUAUUAGAUUUAUCUAAAGAAAUAGCAAAGAGUAUAUUAAUAAAACCAAUUCAAUGUUCGAAUGUGAAAAAUAAUUUUGCCAAUAAUCCAUUACAAACAAAUAAAUCAAACGAGAUCUACGGUGUUAAUAAUAAAAACAGCAGUUAUACUAAUAAUAAUAGUAAUAAUAAUAAUCUAUCCAUAUUGAAACCAUAUGAUCUAACAUGUCAAUCAUCGAAUUUAUUCACUUCAUAUUUGAUUGGUGAAGAUGAAACAGAAAUCUCAUCAACAACAACUAAUUUAUCUGUAUGCGCUGUUAAUGAACUAUUAACAUCAGUGAAAUCAUGUCAACAAUAUCGUUUUAUUAAUCAAUUCAUUGGUUGGACUGAACAAUCAGCUGAAUUAGCUGAAGUUUAUAUUUCAUUAUUGAAUAAAUUGGCUGUGCAUCAUUAUCCUGCUUUAUCAGCCAAUUCACCUAAUCAAGAUUUAAAUGUGAAUAAAUAUUCGGUGCAUUUAUCACAAACAGCUGAAAUUCAACCGGAUAGUAGUAGUAUUUCUAGUGUAAAAGAACAAUGUAAUAAUUCAAUUAAUUCUAAUGUCAGUCAAUCUUCAACGAUGGAUAUUAUAAAUGAGAAUACAGUGUUAAAUGCGUUCACUGAAUGGUAUCAUUUAAUUUCAGUUAGUCUAUUAUCAAUCCUACGUCAUGAACAUGAUAAUGAAACAGGAGUUGGUAAUUCUUCACUACCUAAAUGUUGUCUAGCAUCAGCUUAUCUAGUCAGCCGUAUAUGUGCCAAGUGUCCUAUUCAAAUUUUUAAAUCAACAAAUUUAGUCAAUGAGCUUUCAGAACUGCUUUGUCGUGGAUGGUAUUUAUCUCCAAUUUCUGACAAUCAAUCAAAUGGUGUAAUGAAUAAAGAUGCUAAUUCAUUGGAAAAUCCAUUAAUGGAUAUUUCUAAAUUAUUUGAAUCGAAGCUUUUGCAAAAUCGAAUAAUAUGCUUAAGAUCAUUUGGAUUGUUAUGCAAUCAUCAUGAAUCUUCAAUUAGAUCAUUGUUUAUCAAAACAUUAACUCCUCAAGUAUUUCAUUGGUUAUAUGAUCUAACUAAUAUUGUUGAAAUGUAUUCAUCUAAACAACAACAACAACAAGAAAAGUUAAAUACAUCAUCUGAUUUAUUCAAUAUCCAAAUUAAUCUAAAUGAACUUGCUUUAUGUUUAAAUGAAGCAUUUGAUUUACUUACUUCAAUAAUUCGUAUCGUUGAAAGUUCAAAUCGUCAAGCUUUAUUAUUAAUUUAUUUACCAUUAUUAUGUAAUCUACUUACAAAUGAAUCAUCUGUUAUAUUAAACCGGUUAAAUUAUAAAAAUAAUAUUAUUUCUAUUACAAAUUCAUUAGAUUUAAUUUAUUUCAUACAUAUUAUUACAUUAAAACAUAUUAUAACAAUAGCUCCAUGUUUUCCAAAUGAAUUUCGUUCAACGUUUCAACUACUUAAUGAUUUUAAAUUACGUUUAGAAAAUGCAAUGAAAUUCUCUACUCCAUUAAUUACUACUACUACUACUAAUAAUAAUAAUAAUACCAAUCAUGAUUAUAAUCAUUCGAAAUAUCAAUUAACCAAUAAUAUCCCAUUCAUUCAUAACAAUCAAACAAUUCCGAAACAUAAUCCUCAAUCGAAUUUAUCAUCAAUUAAAUUGAAAACAGAUUUCAGUAAUUAUACAUAAAUCAAUAAUGAUAACUAUCAUCACGUUUAUAAUAUAAUAUAGUUAUUCAACUUCGUUAUAAACUUAAUUAUAAGUCAAUAUCUAUCAUUUGUAUGUAUUUAUAUGAUCUCAAAUGAUGAUCGUUUCAUUUUGUUUUUGUCUUAUUUGUUUAAUUUAUAUUCUUCUAGCUUUGUUACUUCUUCUGUCAUAGAAAUAGUUGUUAAGUUCUUUGAUAUAAUUAUCACUUAUAAUAGUGAUUCUUAUGAUUGAUAUUAAUUGAUAUGCAUUUUAUCCGGUUAAAUUAUAUUGCCUUCUCUUCCACCUUUUUUUAAAAACAUUUUUGCUUUCUUCCUUUCUUUCUUCUAACGUUUGUUCUCUAUCUUCAAUGAAUUUGUCUACAAUCAUUAUUGAAUGUAAGAAGUGAAAACAACGAAUCUAUAUUGAUUGAAUUAGGUUUAUUGUUGUUAAUGUUGACUGGAUCACCUCAUUUAUUAUCUCAGUAUAAUUUUAAUUUAUGAGUAUUAUUAUUAUUAUUUGGUCAAUAAUGUGACGGAAAAGAAAUAUAUCUUUCUGAAAUAUUUCUAAUUUAAUGGAUUAUUUCACGUUGGAUGAUGCCCACAAUUAUAUGUGGUCUUCCCUAUGGUAUAAUACACAUAAAAUUUGUGUAUACUAUGUGUUUUCAUUGUCUUUCGCUAAAAGCAGAAAAAAGUACAUCACAUCAUCAUGUGAACUUUAUGUAUUUCAAAAUUCUUUGUGUAAACAUUUGACUGGCUGUAUGUAUAGUAACUUUUCUCUUAUUGUGAUAAUUAUUUAGAUUGUUAUUGCUUUUAUUGUCGGUGUUGUUGUUGCUGUUGUUAAGAGAAGUUUGCGUUUUGGCUUUUCGUUUAUUUAUUUGUUUAUUUUUUUUUACAUUUAAGUGUACUGAUGAUAUUUAUUCAGUGUCGAAUCUGUCUUCUUUCACUGAAUGUUAGAAACUUACGUGAAAACAUUAUAGGUUCUUAUUUCUGUCAUAAUGCAUUAUAUAAUAUGAAAAAAAAAUUUUAUUUUAAUGAUAUUCAUCCUCUUAUUUGCUGUGUAUUGACAAAUCAUAACGAUGAAGUGUUGUGUUGAACAAAUAUGGAUAUUUAUUUAUUCUUAUCUACAAAAUAUUGUUUUAAUUUUCACCAGGUUAUAGAUUUCAUGUCAAUCAGUGGAAGGUAAUUAGUAGUAGGAAGCAAUGCAUCUAAGAUUUGUCCUUGUUGAUACUCGUCGGCAAAGUGUAUUUGCAAUGUUGAACAAAACGAUGGUUGUCCUGAAAUUUGUAACCACAAAAAGAAAUGAAUACGGAAAUAGAUUAUAAUUUCCACGUAUGACUUCUCCAUGAUGUUAAUAUAUAAUUUCACCCGGUUAACUCCUAAGAGAAUUUGUUAAUAAGGAUUUUUUAGAUGAUUAGUUGGCUAUGAAACUAUUUGUGACGAGUAUCCAGAAAGGACCACCUCAGGGUUGAAAAUAAUAGUAAAGAAUACAUUCACAUCUGUUCGCUCUGUUUUACUUCUUUUCAUGGCUUUGUUGAUUUCUUUCUCAUAUGGCCACUGCAUACAGUAUGGCAGCUUGAACUUGGACAUUACUACAUACAGUUCGAUACUAUCGUCUGCGAAUUAGAACGACUACGCAUGAUAUCGUAUCAUUUUUUCUACUGCUUCUGCUCUGUUCAUGUAAUGGUCGGGCUUGCCUGUUGUGACGAAUUAAUUGUGCUAUAUUUUCUGUAGCAAUCGUACCUCAGGAUUCUACCAUGCCAGGUAGAUCGGUUGAAGAACGGCAAAACUAAAAGAAAAAACUCAAGGUCCGAGGACGAAGUCGUACUACUGACUGUAGAGAGGUGCGUCGGCAUUAAAGUGUUUCCCUCAGACAACCAGCAUAACAGCGAUGCUGCCUUCUCUAGAAUCUAAUACCGUUGAUGUAUCCUAUGUCUGAAACUCGCAUAAGCUGUAAUCAGAAAAAUUAGGGUUUGAAGAUGAUAUUCAAGGACUAUAAUCCAGUGAAAUAAAUUUGGAAAGAGAAAAAAGAAAGGGACAUGAAGAAUUCAGAAGAUUAGAAUUUGGGAGAACACAAAGAAUCGAUGCACCUGAGCCAUUGCAAACGAUUUUGAGCUAUGUCAUUCAAGGUCUCUAACCAUCGGUUGCUUUCAUCUCGCGGUCCC